AUGGUAUUUCAGAGUUCGAAUUCGGAUCCACGUCGAUGUUGGAGAGGAAGGAGACGUACCAGCUGAACACAAUCUUGCUGUACAUCUGCAAUCAGGAGACAGACCUCUACACAGGCAAAUGGAUUCCAUUCCGUUUGAGGAGGAGACAAUUUCCGAUUCGAUUAGGCUUCGCUACCACUAAAAACAAGGCACAGGGCCAGUCGCUGUCGAUCCUCUACAACUGGUUGGAAAACACUAUAUGGUACUUUGAAUCGCUGCUAUAGACUUCUCUCCCUCUACAACUACCUGGAGAAUACUACGUGA